GAGAGAGACUCCAGGCUCUACACGCACACACUUACCUACAGAUAGUUUGAAGCCUCAGUGAUGGCAGUCGUAUGAAAACCUCACAGACAAAAUCAAUCGGCGUCGUGUGAAAAUCUCCGCAUUAUCAAUCAUCAUCAGGAUGUGAAGCGCCUCGUGACGGGCCGCUGAUGUCGAGCGCUGUCCGCGGUGCUGAAAUCCCUUCACACCGUCACGUUCAUCAACGACCAGAUGAGAUUUCACAUCCAGCCUCCGUGGAAAGAAUGAGAGGGUUUUUCAUGCCCACACCGCUGCUCAUUUUAAGCUGUUUUGGGGCGUCGUGGGUCUUGGCUGACAGCUUGGUUGCACCAGUGAACGUGUCUAUCAAAGAUCUGAAGUCCAGCUCUGCUGUGCUGACAUGGGACACACCAGACGGAGAGACAGUCAUCGGAUUUGCCAUCACACAGCAGAAAAAAGACGUUCGCAUGCUGCGCUUUAUCCAGGAAGUCAACACCACCACGAGGAGCUGUGCAUUGUGGGAUUUGGAGGCGGACACAGACUACAUUGUGCACGUUCAAUCCAUCAGUGUAAAUGGGCCGAGUCCUCUCAGUGAACCGCUGCUUUUCAGGACUUUAAAAACACAAGCCUCCAAAAACAAAGAUGAAGUCACCAUGGAAGAAGUGGAACAGAACAGUCCGCUCCGAGCAGUAGAGCUCAUCAUUAUCGUGGUGGUUCUGGUCAUGUGGGCCGGUGUGAUUGCUCUCUUCUGCCGUCAGUAUGACAUCAUCAAAGACAAUGAGCCGAACAAUAAUAAAGAUAAAGCCAAGACGUCAUCGGAGUGCAGUACACCUGAGCAUACAUCGGGAGGAGGACUGCUGCGGAGCAAGGUAUAAACACCAGCUCACAAAGAAAAACAAGAGGAUGCUAUCUGUGAACAUUAUCAAAGUGUGACACUAGUCCACAUCACACAAAAAAUGAAGCUGUUGCCAUGAUUCUGCAGGACUGGGCACUGUAAGCACAUCUGAAAGAUGCCAAGAAAGUGAUCUUCUUGCCCAGCUAUGACUCCAGCAGCCUGGAGAUCAGACCAAAUCUGUGUCUGUGCCGGAGAGAAAACCAGAACAGAAAGAUCGCUUCUCCAUCGCUAAACAAACUGCUGUCAGCAUUAUUACAGAUGCGGACGAGGAGCUCGAAUUUCUAUCUGAACUCUUUAUCAACUCUAGUUAAAAUUCUUCUUAUACACAAAAGUGUGAUCUACGUUCCUCUGCUCAAUGUGAUGAAGGCUAAAUCAUUCAAAGUAAAAAACAACAACUGUUGUUGUUCAGUCGUUUCCAUACAUUUGAAAGAUGGUGUAUAACACUAAAGUGAGAAAAGUUUACCUCAGAUUGGUUGCAUUCAUAGAGAGAAUAUCAGUUUUUUUUUUCUGGAUGUUUAAUGGAAAUUAUCAGAGCUAAAAUAAACAAAGUUUUUUGCUAAAAGUCACUCACUCAUGAAAAACGUUGAGUUAUAGUGUUUACUCUUCAAUGAAAUCUGUUUAAUUGAAGCAUUUUAACAGCGUGUGUCAGCUCUACAUUUUAUUGUCAGUGUCUUUGGUGAAAGCUUUCAAUACUUUUAAGCCAAAUGAAUGGAUCAGAGAAAGAGCUCUCAGAGGUUGCAGGGUCAUAAAAUAUUUACUGACAAGACGACUGCAUAACCUACAGUACCAUAUUGUUUAGAUGAUUUGAAUUAUAACUUCAGUUUAAUAUCAAGAUGAUAUAUCCGUGUUUUCUUUUAGAUGUUUGUAUUGUCUCUGAGAGAAACAUAUCUUCUCUCUUAACAAGGGCUGAACAUGUUUACAUCAGCAAUAACAUCAUAGGGGAUUGUGACCGGCCCUUUAUGUCCUGCACUUCACCCGACAGGGCCAUCAGUCGAGGUCCAUUACUAUGAAUCAUGAUACUGCCAUGUUACCAUGCUAUGUUAUCAGUUUUACAGUGAGCUUUUCCACAUUCACUUGGAUUUAAUGUCAUUAAAUUUCAUGGA